AUGGCCCCGUUAUGCCAAAAAUUCCUCAUUGGAGGUGACCAACCAUGGUCCCCCACAAACUGGACUUCCUCAGACGACCGCGUCCGGGGCGGCUCCUCAUACUCCAGCCUUAAUAUUCUCCCAAACAACACAGUCCGGUUCAACGGACAUCUGGACAUCACCACCCUCGGCGGAGCAGGAUUUGCCUCCCAGCGAACCACGGACGACUUAUCCUGGGAUCUAUCUGACACCGACGGGCUCGACCUGGACAUCGCCGGUUCGGAUGGGAAAGUGUACACUAUAGUUCUUAAAGACAGGCUAUUGCCUAAUCGGCCUGAUGGGCGUGAGCAGAGUACGAUUAGCUGGGAGUAUGAGUUCCGGACGGCGGAGAGGGCAAUUGUGAGAGUGAGAUGGGGGGAUCUACGAGCGACGUAUCGCGGGAGAGAAGUUAAUGCGGAGCCGUUGGACUUGAGGAAUGUAAAACGGAUUAGUAUUAUGGUUCGCAGUUUCUUUGGGAGGCAAGAGGGUGACUUUGUGCUGGAUAUGGCCUCCAUUGCUGCGUUCCGUGGAAACAGAUGA